AUGACAUUGGAAGAAACUGCCAAAACAAACUUAACUAGGCUAAUUAACAGAAGCUUAGUUCAAGUUGAAUGGAGCGACUCCACUGGAAGAGCUAGAUCAUGUCGAGUUCAUUUGAUCCACGUAGUUCUUAUUUCCAAAUUAGAAGAACUAAAUUUGAUUCAAUCCUCACAAACAAGUUCCAUUGGUACUGCUCGAUAUCUCUGGAUCGACAAUAACAGAGCACAUGAUUUGUCAAGGAGAAAUGGUGACUUUCGAACUCAUUCUAUUAUCUUUUCCAAUUUACAAGAGUUGCAUGAUCCUGUCUUUGAAAGACUGUCCUUAAACUUCAAACUUUUGAGAGAAAUAGAUUUUGAAAACGCCCCAGUCGAGUACCUCCCCGAGGAGAUAGGGAAUUUGUGGUAUUUGAGAUAUCUAAGCUUAAGACAUUCAAAAAUAAAGAUGCUUCCCAAGUCCAUAGGAAAAUUGCAUAACCUCUUGACUUUGGAUUUGAAAGGUUCUUUCGUGGUUGAGAUCCCAUAUGAGAUAAGAUAUAUGUGUAAGUUACAAUAUUUUGUAGCUUACAUAGUCGAUCUUUUUAAUCAUUACACUAUAGACUCUGACCAAGGCGUAAAGAUCAAUGGCAGGGUUAUCGGGAGCUUAGAGUCAUUAAAAAAGCUUUGUUAUCUCGAUUUCCCAUCGCAAAAUGGUGAGCAUUUUGGUAGAGAAUUGAGAAGGUCAAAGCGGUUGAGGAAUUUGGGAAUUACUAAACUAAAAUCAAAUUGCGGGGAAGCUUUGUGUGGUGCUAUAAAGCAGAUGCCCAACCUUUAUGCACUGAAUAUUUCGGCAGUGAAAGAAAACGAGGUUCUUGAACUGGAAUCAAUGUCUCCUCCUCCAUCCCUUCAUCGUCUUCGCCUGCAUGGACAACUAAUGAUGCUGCCCGGUUGGAUUGCUGAACUGGAGAACCUAGUCAAAAUUAGUUUACACUGGUCUAGCAUAUCAAAUGAUUCGCUUAAAAUUCUUGGAGAUUUGCCAAAGCUGUUAGAGUUCUGGCUUUAUGAAGGUUACAAUGGAGUUGAAUUGCACUUGGAACAAGGAAAGUUCAAAAACCUAAAACACCUCGCACUUCGUCGUUUGUACAAGUUGGAGAAAGUGGUAAUAGAUGGAGGAUCUUUACCUUGCUUGGAGACACUUGAAAUAGGGCCUAGUCCACUGAUGAAGGAGGCUCCCACCGGCAUUGGUAGCUUCGAAUGCCUUAAAAAUCUAGGAUUUUACAAUCUGCCAAAGAAAUUCGCCAAAAAGAUACUGCAAGUGACGGCCUGGAUUACUGGAAACUGA